UCUGCUCUUUCUUGCCAGGUCCUGGAGAAAUAUCCCAACACACCCAUGAGCCAUAAAGAGAUCCUUCAAGUUAUCCAGAAAGAAGGACUUAAGGAAAUCAGAAGCGGGACGUCCCCCCUGGCCUGCCUGAAUGCCAUGCUGCACACCAACUCCCGGGGGGAGGAGGGCAUCUUCUACAAGGUCCCGGGCAGGAUGGGCGUCUACACCCUCAAGAAGGACAUCCCGGAUGGGCUGAAGGAGCUGUCGGAGGGCUCGGAGGAGAGCAGCGAUGGCCACUCCGACUCGCAGAGCUCGGAGCACAGCAGCUCCAGCAGCGACGGCUGCGCCGCCAAGGACAGGAGGAAGAGCAGGUGGAAAAGGAAAGUGCCGCCCCGCCUGGCCCCCGCGGGCUCCCCCCAGCCCGGCUGCCCCUCGCCCUCCGUCCCGGCCAAGGGCCUCUCCUCCUCCCAGAAGCACAGCAAGAAGGCCCUCAAGCAGGCCCUGAAGCAGCAGCAGCAGAAGCAGCAGCAGCAGCAGCAGCAGCAGUGCAGGGCGGGCAUGGGGCCGGGCAUGGCCCUGCCCUCCAGCCAGCACGUCCUGCUCAAGGCCAAGGCCACACCUGGGAGGUCAGGUUGGGAAGGGAAGCAGGCAGAUGGACACUCCAGCAGCCCCCCAAACUCCACGUCCAGCUCCUCGCCCUCGGUGAAGCUCGAGAACUCGCUGCCAGGGCUGCCCAAGAAGCCCUUCCCCAGAUCUGACAGGCUCCAUGCACGGCAGCUGAAGAGAGCGCGCUGUGCCGAGAUCGACGUGGAGACGCCGGACUCCAUCCUGGUGAACACCAACCUGCGGGCCCUGAUCAACAAGCACACCUUCAGCCUGCUGCCCCCCGAGUGCCAGCAGCGCCUGCUGCUGCUGCUGCCCGACGUGGACAGACAGGUGGGCCCCGAUGGGCUGAUGAAGCUCAGCAGCUCGGCGCUCAACAACGAGUUCUUCACCUCGGCUGCGCAGGGCUGGAAGGAGCGGCUGUCGGAAGGAGAGUUCACCCCCGAAAUGCAGCUCCGGAUCCGGCAGGAAAUCGAGAAGGAGAAGAAGGUGGAGCUGUGGAAGGAGCACUUCUUUGAGAGCUACUAUGGGCAGAGUUCUGGGCUGAGCCCCGAGGAGUCAGAGCGACUGACAGCACAGCCCGAGGCGGAGCCCGGCCGGCCCCGCAGCCCCCCGGCCCCACGCCGGGAGCAGGGCACAUCCACACCCCCCUGGGAGCCCCAGGCAGCCCCAGCAGGCGGCAGGAAAGCAGGAGAGGAGGGCAGAGAGGAGCCGCAGCCCAAGGCGGCCAAGCCCGCCGAGGCGUCCCCAGAGCGGCGAGCGGCCAGAGCCGGCGAGAGACCCGGGCCCGGCCGGGAGAGAGCCCACGGGGAAACCCUGCCCCAAAAACCCCCCGGCGCCCCCAGCCACCGGGCAGAGGAGCAGAGGAAGCCUGGGGCUGCGAAGGAAGCGCCAGGAAAGGAAUCUCUGGGUGCCCCGAGCGAACCAAAGAGCCCCGAGGCAGGCGGGGGAGCGGCGAAGGCGCAGAGCCCCGCGGCGGAGAAGGAGAAGGAGAAGAAACCCCCCGGGAACGAGGCCAUGGAGGUCGGGGUGGAGGCCCACAAGAGGAAGUCGGAGAGCAGGGAGGAAGCUGCGGGCACCCCCGAGAAGAAGCCCCGUGUGGCUGAGCCCUGCCAGCACCAGCAGGCCUUUCGGAGCCAGCCCUUUCCCGGCGCGGGGCCGGCGGUGCCGCGGGUGCCCCCGCUCAAGAUUCCCGUGUCCAGAAUCUCCCCGAUGCCAUUUCCUGGGAGCCAGGUCUCUCCCAGGGCGUGCUUCCCCCUCUCCCUCAGCAGUCCGGGCAGGACAGGGGCCAGGACCUUGGCCGACAUCAAGGCAAGAGCCCAGCAGGCCAAGGCUCAGAGGGCAGCGGCCGCCGCCGCCGCCGCCUCGGCCGGGGGAGCCGUGCCGGGGCCCGGCCCGGGCGGGGGGAGACCCCCGGGCAGGGGGGGAGACGGGAGAGACCCCGGCGGAGCCACCCAAGCUGCAACUGGAGCGAACGCACUGGAACUGGCAGGAACUGGAAGCGGGGGAGGUUCGAGAAGGUUCCUUCCCCACGGCCCAGGGCCCCGUUCCCAGGUGGAGGGCCAGGCGGAGCCGGGAGCUGCUCGCCAUCCUCCUGGAGCACAACUACAGCCAGGGGCCCCCGCGGCAGCCCCGGCGCUAGGGAACGGCGCGGGGGCCACGCCGAGCCCCCCGCGGGGCACGGCCACCCCCGGGUCCCUGAGCACCCCCGGCGGGGACGGCGUGGGGACGGCCCCUCCUGCGCCGGCCCGGGGGGCUCCGGCAGCUGGGAACGGGAGCGGUCCCUCAGCAGGAGGCGGCCGUGACCUUCCCAAAGGCAAAUCUCCUUCUCUGGUGUCCCCCGUGGCACCCGCGGGCCCCGCAGCUCAGGCUGGAGCCGUGGGUGCACCCGUCCCAGCCUCCAGCAGCUCCUCAGGAGCAGCCAGCCUUAAAUCUCCUCCCGGUGGGGCCCUGCCCCGAGCGAGCUCCAGCAUUCCUGCCAACAACCCUUUGGUCACCCAGCUGCUGCAGGGCAAGAGCGUCCCUCUGGAGCAGAUCCUGCCCAAGCCGCUCACCAAAGCAGAAAUGAAAACCGUCCCGGUGGCUCCUCAGGAAGAGAAGGGGGCGGCGGGGAACGGCGCCGAGGCGGGGGACAGAGCAUCGAGUUUGCCCCCGCAGCAGCUUGGGAAGAUCUUCUGCCAGAACAGGCCUCUGCCUCACGUUCCAAGGACCUUCCCGCUCGCCUCGGGAAAGGACCCCGGGCCUGAGCAGCACCAGGGCCACGAGGCACUGAGCAAAUCCACCCAGGAGCAGAUCCUGCAGACUCUCAUCAAGAGGGUGCAGAGGCAGAACCUGCUGCCCGUCCUUCAGCCCUCGCAGCCGAACCUCCCGCACUCAGGUUUCCCGGUGGAAAACAGCUCCACCAGCCAGAGAUUCAUGCUGGGCUUCACGGGCAGGAGGACGUCCAAGCCCGCCAUGUCUGGCCACUACCUGCUCAACAUCUCCACCUACGGCCGCGGCUCGGAGAGUUUGAGGAGAGGCUUCUCCCUGAACGCCGAGCCCCGCCUGGGGCUGAGCAGCCCCGCCGAGGGCGAGGACACGGGCGGCCGGGGCAGUUGCAGCGAGGAGGACGCGGACGACGACGAGAGCUCCGGGGACGAACGGGAGCCGCGGUCGGGGCAGGGGGAGAAGGAGCGGGGCCCUGCAGAGCCCGGCUCCCUCGGGGCGAAGGCCGAGGCGGCCCCGGCGGCCAAGGAGAAGGUGGCGGCGCUGGACGGCACGGCGCUGGCCCGGGACCUGCUGCAGGCGGCGCAGGAGCAGAUGGCCCACGCCAUGAGGAGCAAAGGCCACGGCGGCACGGAGCUCUUCGGGCCCCCCACCCCAUCCCCGGACCCAGCACAGCCCCCGCUGCUCCCCGCCCCGCACCCCCCGAAGCUGCCGGGGAGCGCCGGGCCGCAGCUCCUGGGGCCCAGCUACAGCGGCACCAUCAACGUCUCCACGUCGCCCGACGUGGGCCAGGGCUCGCUCGUGAGCGAGUGCAAGCAGCUGGCCGGCUCCAUGGGCAACGUCAUGUCCUUCUCCGUGACCGUCACCACCAUCCCCGCCGGGCAGGCUGUGAACUCCGGCGGCCACGGGCAGAGCCUCCCGGUGCAGGCGUUCGCCGAGGACGGCGCCGUGGAGGAUCCCCCUUCCAAAUGUUACUGCAGGUUGAAAGCCAUGAUCAUGUGCAAGGGCUGCGGUGCCUUCUGCCAUGACGACUGCAUCGGCCCCUCCAAGCUCUGCGUCUCCUGCCUCGUCGUGCGGUAACGGGGGCGGCACGUGGGGAGUAGCGCGGCUUCCUCCGGGGGCUGCUGUCCGAAGAAUCUUGGGAAGAAACAGGAAUUUUACUGCCUUGCACAAGAGACACGUUACUGAAUCAGGAAUACGGAGUUAGAGUCCUUCUUUCAUUAACGAAAGAGCACCUUGUACAGGGAGUCGAAAUCGCGCUCGACUACGUGAAUUGUGACAAGAGUUUGCACUUAAGGAAUUAUGUAAAUACGCCACA